AUAAGCCAUCCUACAGGUUGCAGCACGAUCCUUUCUCUCUGAAAAAGCCCAGUUCACAGCUGAAAGCUGCAAGUGGAGCGGGGUCUUAGUGAAACGUAAUGACCACAUUGGCACACCCCACGGGGGAGCUUGCCAAUGGCGGGGUUGUGCUUGGGAGCUGCCUCACUGUGGCUCCAAGGAGGCAGCUCGCUAUUAUUUUGUGAGAUAUUUUAAGAGGUCAACACAGCUGUUGUUGGAGGCCUUAUCAAGACCCGAUUCUUGGCCUUUUGCUUUGCCUCUUGGCGGCUUCUCACUCACUUCAGCUGCUCUGCUUCUUGGGUACCUCACUGAAAAAACAUUUGCAAGACUUGUCUCUUGGGAACGAACCUAACCUGUUUGCUUUUCAACCCCUUUUACUUACUUACACAUUUGCUUUCUAUCGGCUGUUUGCUUGAGCUCUUUACAGAGUGACACAAUAUGGCGGCAGCAUAUGAACAUCUUCCCGAUGGUGCACACCAGGCCGGUGGUGGUGUCUCUGGCCGCGUGCACCGAGUGAGAGAUCUCAAGCCUCAUGUCCUUGAUCAUCUCAGAAAGGUCUACAGUGCCCACGGCAAGGACAGCUGGACCCCCGAACAGACGGCUGUUUUCCUGAAGACGGUUCAGCACGAUACACCCUCGGAACUUGCCCUGGAACUGGCUGACGAUAAGGACUGGGAGUUGGUCACUUUUCUCAAGUACAUGACUUCAGAAGUGACCAGUGCCGUUGCACCCCCUGAGGAAGUCGACCUUUCUUGGCCCCUAUCUGCCUACUUCAUCAGCUCCAGCCACAACACCUACUUGACCGGAAACCAGCUGUCGAGUGACUCCAGCGCCGAUGCCUACAGGAAUGUUUUGAAGAGAGGUUGCAGAUGCAUCGAGGUGGAUGUCUGGGAUGGAGAUGAGCCGGAUUCCGACAGCGAUACCAGCAUCAGUAGCAGUGACGAGGAAGGGGUCACGUCCAAGUCCAAGAAGAGACUGAGCUCGGUCAAGGACAAGCUUCCUAGCUCCCUGACGAGCAAGUUGGAAAAGACGUCUUUGGGUUCCAACACAGACUCAGGCGCGCCCCUGACCAAGUCAACCUCGACCUCUUCCGGCCCAGCAGGCCCAACCAUCCACCGCGCCCCCUCCCUCAAGGAACCUCGUGUUUACCACGGCUACACCCUCACCAAAGAAGUCUCCUUCCGCGAAGUCUGCCUCGCAAUCCGCGAAACAGCCUUCGAAACAACCGACUCCCCCCUCAUCGUCUCCCUCGAGGUCCACUGCAGCCCCGAACAGCAACUCACCAUGGUAGCCAUCAUGACCGAAACCUGGGGCGACCUCCUUCUCCCCGAACCAAAAGAAGACGCCACAUGCCUCCCCGCCCCCGGCGACUUGAAGGGUAAAAUCCUCGUCAAGGUCAAAUACACCCCUCCCCCAUCCGCCUCCUCCACCUCCCUCCCCGGCAGCGACACCCCCCCCGAAAACAUCGACCCCUCCACCACCAAACCAAAAAAACCCUCCAAGAUCAUCCACGCCCUCUCAAAACUGGGCAUCUACACCCGUGGCGUCUCCUUCAAAUCCCUGACCCAACCGGAAGCCUCAAUGCCGACCCACAUCUUCUCCCUCUCCGAGUCCGGCGUCUCCGAAGUCCACGCCAAAUCAGCCCAGGACCUGUUUGAGCACAACCGCCGCUACCUCAUGCGGGCUUACCCGUCAGGGUUAAGGAUCCGAUCGUCAAACCUCGACCCAGCAGUCUUUUGGCGCAAAGGGAUCCAAGUCGUCGCACUAAACUGGCAAAACUGGGACGAAGGCAUGAUGCUAAACGAGGGGAUGUUUGCAGGCACAAACGGCUAUGUUCUCAAGCCAGAAGGCUACCGCCCCCACGAACCCCUCCCCCCAACCUCUCCCUCCGCCGGUACCGCCCCCCAAGCAAACGCGGUGACGCACUACACAAUGGACCUCACCAUCGCCGUCCUCGCGGCGCAGGACAUACCCCUCCCCCUGGGCGACACCAAACCCUCGGGCUUCCGCCCUUACCUCAAGGUCGAGAUCCACGUCGAGGAGCCCGGCGAGCGGCACGGCACAACCGCCGCCGCUUCUUCCUCGAUCCCCGACGACGGCAAGGAAAAGGAGGGCGAGUACAAGGCAAAGACCAAGUCCCUCAAGGGCACCGUCGACCCUGACUGGAAAGGGCAAGAACUGGUCUUCAAGGGCAUCCCCGGCGUGGUGCCAGAGCUGAGCUUUGUCAGGUUCUUGGUGAGGGAUGACGAGAUUGGAAAGGACAGCUUGGCCGCGUGGGCGUGCGUGAGGUUGGAUAGGUUGAGGGAGGGGUAUAGGUUUGUGCAUCUGAUGGAUGGAAGGGGGGUCGAGACGGAGGGGGUGGUUUUGGUCAAGGUGGAGAGGAGGCUGUACUAGGUAGGUAGGGUAGCAGGGUGGUGAUGAUGUGAAUGUGCCUUUCUUUUGGAAAUAGUCAUGCUAUGUAACUUGGCUAUCAAGAUGUCGUUUUUUUGCUGGGGUUCUUGAUGGUGGUCUUGUGGUGUAACGGGAGGCUCAGCUCCAGUGGUGUGAACUCCACCAUUCCACGUCAUCGUAGCAAGCAGAAAAACGAAAUCAUGUUCAAGUCAUAACAAGUGCAAGCUAAUCCUGCACUUCUUGCCAGAAGCAUACAAGCAACUUUUCGCUAGUG